AUGGAAUUGGGUUUGCCUGAACCACAGGAUAUGAUUUCUUCUUCCACCUCCUCUGUUUUUGUGGCUCAGGAGCCUGUCCUACCCUGUUGUGACUGUAAGAAUGCAGAACAUUCUACUGACAGUAGCAUCUCCUCUGGAUCAUCCUACAGCUCGAGCCUGUCUCACCUUCCCGUCUUUUCUGAAGAAACAACUUGGCAAUUCCGGAGCCAUAGUUUACCUAUUUUACCCCAAAAUCAACCUCCUGUGUUCAGGAACCAAGGCAGAUCUCAGCCUUCUUUUAUGCUUUCAGAGCUUGGGAAAUCAGAACUUUUUCAGAAUUUGGAAACUGUUUCAUCCUUAAGCCCUCAAAGCACUUUUAUCAACUCUUCUUUUGAAUCUCCAGAUCUCCACAGACAAGAAGAAAAAACAAAGGAUAAGAGAAGAAGCAAGAGUGAUUUGACAUCAGAUCAUAAGCCAAAUAUUAUCUUCAAAGAGAGACCACUAUUGUCAGGGUCAGCUCCAAUCCAGCUCUCUCCUUUGGCUAGGUGGGAGUUAGAGGGACAUAUGGCUUGGAAGGUUUGUACUUUGCGGGAACAAACAGUGCCUCUGCCUGUGAGGGAAUCAUGGUCAAUGCUGAAUUAUUUAAUUGAGGUGCAAGGAGGAGUCCCUGAACCAGAAAAACCCCAAAUCCAGCUAUCGAUGCCCAUUCAUCAAAGCACUGAGCAAAAUAUCAACAAUGAAUCCCCAGACCUUCCAUCUCUUCAGCUCCAAAGGAACACUGGAGUGGCAUCUGGAUUAAAUAGAACAGAAACAAGAAUUUCUCAGACUCUUAUCUCAGGUAAGCAGUCACAACCUGGAGAUGGCCCCCAAAUCCUUGAAUCCAGGCCAUUAAUGACAUCAGUAGAUACUCUACUUCCCAAAAGCUUAGGAGCUGACAUCACUCAAGAGGAAAUGACUUUACUGAAGAAGCACCCAAAACACGUGCUAGAGCUUAAUAUAAAGCAGAGGGUCUUAGGUCUUCCAGAAAAAAGGAUACAACAGCAACAGACCCAGGUGCCUAAUAUGGAGCUGAACCCACAGCUACCAUACCAAGUCACAGAUAGUGUAAAAGUUACCCCACUGGCAUUACUUCAAGUCAUGGAUUCAAUGGGGAUGAUUCCAGAUUCACAUUCAGAAGUGAUAGAAUCUGUGGGUUUGUUCCAAUGGCCACCAAAUGAAGUUGAAAAACCAAUGGAAGCCAUGGAAACAGUGCAUGUAAGCAAAAAACCAUCAUAUCAAGUCAUUAAAUCAGUGGAGGUAACCCCAAGACCUCAGCAGCAAGUUAUGGAAUCAAGAAAGAUAACUUCAAGACAGCUGAAUCAAGUAAUAGAUAAUGUGAAGGUAACUCCGAUAGCAUUGCUUCAAGUCAUGGAUUCUAUGGGGAUGAUUAAAAAAUCACAUCCACCUAUCAUACAGUCAAUGGGAAUGACCCCAACAAUGCAAUAUCAAGUUAUGGAGUCAGUAAAAAGGAGUACAUUGUUGGACCAUCGAGUCAUACAACCAGGAAAGACGAAUCCAAGACUACGACAUGCAGUCAUAGAAACUGUGGAAAUAACUCCAGGGCCACAUAAAGUUAUGCAAUCAGUUAAUGUAACAUCAAGGCCACAAAGUCAAGUCACAGAAUCACUGAAGAUUACUCCAGGGCCAAUAUGUCAAAAUAUGAAAUCAUUUGAAACGAUCCCAAGGCCAUUGCAUCAAGUGAUGGAUUACAUGAAAGUGACUCCAGUAGCACUAUUACAAGCUAUGGAUUUUAUGGGGAUAAUUCCACCAACAAAGUCACAUGUUAUAGAAUCUGGGGGUUUGAUCCCAGAUACACAGUCUCAGAUUGCAAAUUUAACCCCAAGGGCAAUUCAAUCAGAUGGUUUGACUUCAAGGUCUUUUACUACUAUUGGUACAUUUGGAGUGGUAGAAUCUGUGGGCUUACCUCCAAAGCCACCACAUAAAGUCAUGGAAUCAGGAGGAGUGAUUCCAAUAUCUCAAGCCAACUCCAGGAUUGAGUUGACUCCUGGGUCAUGUAUUCAAGUGCCAGACUUUGAGGGGAUGACUCCACAACCAUAUUAUCAAGGCACAGAAUCUAUGGCAUUAACACCAGGGCCAUCUCAUCAAGUCACGGAGUCUUCGAGGUUGACCCCAGGGCAUCAAAUUCUGGAGUAUUCAGAGAUGAGUCCAAGGCAAAGUCAUCAUGUAAUAGAAACUAUGGAGUUGACCUCUGACCCCUGGAUAAAAAUGGAGAAAUCUGCAGAGGUGACACAUUCACAUCAUCAAAUGAUGGAAUCUUUAGGGACAAUCCCAAGGUCACUGGGUACAGGUACAAAAUCUAUGGGAAUGGGCCAAAAGCCACUGCCUCAAGUCACAGAAUCUGCAGAAAUGUCCACUACAUCAGUUCCAGAUGUGAACUAUAGAGAGAUGAAAUCAAUUCCACAAAUUAAGGUUAUGGGUUCUAUGACGUUAUCCCCAAGACUGCAAAAUUUGAAGUCUGGGAAACUGGUUUUGGCACCAGAGUCACAAAAUAUAAAAUCUGUAGACAUAACCACAGGUUCAGUCCCAGAACUGGGAAAUCACACACAGCCAGUCUCAACUGUGAACUCUAUAGAACUGGCCACAGAACCAGAAUGGCAGAGUGUAAAACCUGAGGAGUUGGCCACCACCCCACAGGGGCAAAAUGAGAAAUCUGUGCAGUCAGCCCCAGGGGCUCAGCUUCAUGGUGUGAAAUCUAUCCAACUGAUGCUGGGACCCCAACAACAAAGUAAAAAGUCUACUGGGUUAGUUCCAGCACCACAGUUGCAAAGUAAGAAAUCUACAGAUUUGGUCCCCAGUUCACAGUUGCAAGGUAUGGAAUAUGUUCAUUUGGCUCUACCAUCAGAAUUUCCAGGUAUAAAAACUGUGGAAUUGUCUCCAAGAGUAGUACAAAAAGAUAUGAAACCUAGGGAGUUGGCCCCAAAGCCAUGGUCACAGGAUGUAAGAUCUGAGGAGACAGCCCCAAUACCAUUGCGUGAAGAUGUAAAAACUCCUCAAAUGGUAGAAAGUACAAGACUGACUCCUGAGACAAAGGUAGAAGGUAUGAAAUAUGAGGAACUGAUCCCAGGAGCACACAUUCAAGCAGUAAAAUCUGUAGAGGUAGACUCCAGACCAAAUCAUCAAGUCACAGAACCUGAAGGAAUGAUCUCACGGUAUCAAGCUUCAGAAUUUUUAGGCAUGAUCUCAGAACCAGGAUAUCCAGAAACAGAAGCAAAGCUAACCCCUGACACUGGUCACCAUGGGAAAGAGUCUAUGGGGUUGAUACAAUCAUUUUUAGGAAGUACCCCCAGGUCACUGAGCCAAGCAUCUAUGCAGAUGAACUCAAUGUCAUUCAGGGGCACUCUUGAGCCUAUGUUCCAAAGUGUGAGAGCCAUGGACGAAACUCCAGUGUCACAGCACACGACACAAGAAUCUCUGGAGUUGGUACUAGGAUCAGAGAUGCAAGGUAUGAAAUCAAACAUGUUGACCCCAGAGUCUCAGGAUACGAAGUUUGUUCAUCCAAAUCUAGGACCAUAUUCAGAAGUUAUGAAUUAUGAGGAGCUGAUCUCAGAACCACAAUUUCAAAAUGUGAAAUCUGUGUCAUUGACCUCAGAACCACAGUCCACAAGUAUAAAACCUGAGGAGUUGACUCUAGGGCCAUUAAGGCAUGAUGAUUUUGUGGAUUUACAUGUACCACUGGAAGAAUCUAGUAGGUUAAUUCCUGAGUCACAGUUACAACAUGUUGAAUCAAGGAAAGUGACCAUGGGACUGCAUUUACAAGGAUUAAAAUCUGUGGGUCUAACUUCCAGACCAAGGCAUCAAGACAUACCACCUACAGAGUUAGCUGCUGAGAUCUGGCCACAAAAGGAGGAAUCUGUAGUCUUGAAACCUGGUGGUGUGAUGCCCAGGCUGUAUUUUCAAAAAAUUUCAGAGUUGACUCCAGGUCAAGACCAUCAAGACACAGAAACUGUAAGACUGAUUUCUGAGGAUUUGCCCCAAGUUAAUUUGCCCCAAUUAAUGCAAAAACCAACAGAUCAAGUCAUAGAAUCUGCAAGAAUGACUCCUCUAAGGCCACAUCUUCAAGAUACAGGAUCAUCAGAGAUACCCCUAAGGUCAGAAUAUGCAAACACAGAAACUGUGGGGUUAGCAACAUUUCCAGUUGAAAACAUCCAGGAGGUAAUACCAGUACAACCAUAUUCAGAAAAAGGAUCUCUGGAGUUGACUUUAGAACCAAGGAUGCAAUAUGAGGUAUCAGAGCCACUACUACAAAAUUUGAAACAUGUGAAGUUAACCUCUGAGUCAUCCCCAUUAGUGGUGGAAUCUAAACAGUUUAUUACAGGAGCAAAACCACAAGUUACAGAGUUGACUCCAGAGCCACAGCUCCAGGAAGUAACAUCCAGGCAGUUGGAGUCAGAGCCAAAACUACAAGACGUGAAAUAUGUUAAUUUAAUUCAACAGCCAACUACUACCAAAAUGGUAGAAUCAGAGAAGCCAAUACAAGAGCCAGUCCUACAAAGUAUGAUACCAGAGGAACUGACUCAGGAGGUACAGCCCCAAGGUGAGUCCCUGGGACCACAGUUGCAUAGUGUAAGAUUUUCAGAGUUACGUCCUGAACCACCACUUCAAGGAGAAAGACUUUUAGAUUUAAUCUCAGGGUCUCCACAUCACAGUGUGACGUCUGAUGAAUUGACCCCAGGUUCCCCAAUGCGAGAAAUAAAAUUGUCAGAUUGUACCCCAGGACCAAAGCGCCAGAGUGUUGUAUCUAUACAGUUGAUGGCAAAACCACAAACUCAAAGUACAAAAUUCAUGGAACUAAGCUCAGUACCGUGCUUACAAGGUGUUAGAUUUUCUGAUCUGACUCCAGACCCAAAGCAUCAAGGUUUUGAACAUGUGCAGUUAAUGCCAGGAACACAGCUUCAAGAUACAAAGGCUGUAGGAUUUGUAACAGAGUCAUCUUUGCAGUUAAGUCAAGGGCUCCCAGUUGAAAAUAUGAAAUCUAUUCUGUCUGUUGAAGGGUCACAGUUUAACAGCAUGAAAUCAGUGAAAUCGACCUCAGAACUUCAAGAUAUGAAAUCUGAGGAACUGAACCUAGGGUCAAGGCAGCAAGAUGUCAAAUUUUCUGAAUUGACCUCAGGGCCAAAGCUUCAAGGUGUCAAAUUUGGGAAGCAAAUCCCAGAAUCACCAUUUCAUAGUGUGACUUCCAUGGAGACAGCUCUAGAGUUAGGGCUUCAAGAUUCUAAAUCAGCAAAGAUGUCUCCAGGGCUUCAAGGUGUGAAACAGGUGGGGCCAUGGCUACAAGAUAUCAAAUUUUGUGAUCUAACAUCAGGAGUUCAGUCUCAAGGUGUGAAAUCCUCUGAGUUAAACUCAGGGCCACAACUACAAUAUGUGAAGAUUUUUGAGUUAACUCCAGAACCAAUGAUGCAAGGAGAAAGAUCUAUGAAGUUGGCCUCAGGACCUGAGCAGCAAGGGGUUAAGCCUGAGAUGUUAAGUCCAAAGCCACUGUUUCAAGGCAUAAAAUGUGAAGCAGCAGACCAAAUGUCAAGCUUUGAAGGUGACAUUUCUUAUAAAUUAGUUUCAGAGCCACAGAGACCAGAUGUAAAAUCUAUGGAGGUGUCUCCUGGACUCCAGUUGCCAAGUGUAAACUAUUCUGAGUUGACCAGAGGACCACUGUUGCAAGUUAUGAAAUCUUCUGGAUUGACCCAAAGACCACAGAUGCAAGAUGUAAAACCUGCAGCGAGGACCCCAAUCUCAGAGGUUGAAGGUUUACAAUCUGAGGCACUAAUGCCAGAGCCACAGCUGGAAGAUACAAAAUCUGUGAAGUUAACCCCAGGACCACAUUUAGGAAGUCUGAAAUCUAUUCAGUUGACAUCAAAGCCACAACUGGGAAAUGUUAAAUCUAUGGUGUUAACCCCUGGGUCACAGGGGGAAGAUGUGAAACCAGUAGAGGUGACCCCAGGCUCAAAACUUCAUGGUUUAAUAUCUGAGUUGCUGUCCUCAGAGUCAGAGUUGAAAGAUGUAAACUCUGCAGUCUUAACUCCAGGACAACAUCCAAGAGGUAUGAAAUCUACAUUGCUAACCCCAAGUCCACAGCCGGAAGAUAAAAAAUCUGUGGAGAUAACCUCAGGACCACCGAGAGAAGAUGUCAAAUCUGUGAAACUCACCUCCGAUUCCAAGCUUCAAGGUGUGAAAUCUGAUAUGUUGGCACUGUCCUUAAGAAAUCAAGGAUUAAAAACUGUGACGUUCAUCCCAAGAACGCAACUGCAAGAUGUGAAAGCUGUAGAAUUGAAACUUGGGCCAAGGAUGCAAGAUGAGAAUUCUGUGUUUUUGGCACCAUGGUCAUUGCUGCAAGGGCCUAAACUGCAAGGUAUGAAACCUCAGGAAUUGACAAAUUUGACAAAGCCCCAAAUGCAAGAUGUGAAAAUUUUGCAGCUAACCCCAUGUCCAAAGCUUCAAAGUUUAAAACCUGUGGAGGAGACUCCAGAUCAAGAGCUGCAAUUUGCAAAACCUAUGAAGUUGACCUCAAGGCCAAAGAAGCAGGUAGUAAAAUCUGUGAAUGCAAGCAGAAGACAAAAGUUUCAAGGAGUAAAAUCUGUGGAUUUAGCCCCAAAGCAACAGUUUCAAGAGACGGCAAUUGUGAACUUAACUCCUGGGCCAAAACAUGUUGGUGAGAUAUCUGUAAUCUCACCAGAGCAGCAAUGUGUGAAUUCAGAGUCACUGAAGAGAGGGUCUAAGUCAGAAGAUGGGAUGUCUUUGGAGUUAAUUCCAGAGCUAAAAUUUAAAGAUGGAAAAUUAGUAGAUCUCAACUUUGAAUUACAGUUGAAAGGUAGGGAAUCAUCUGAAUUGACUCCAGAAUCAAAUAUUCAAGGUGUAAAAUCUAAAAAGUUAAAACUUGAACCACAGUUGCAAAGUAUGAAGUCUCCCAAGUUGACCCCAGGACCACAGUUACACCAAGUAAAAUCCUCAAAGUCAACUUCAAAGCCACAGCUUCAAGGUGUGAAAACUUCUGAGUUUAAACAAGAGCCACAGCCUGAGAGUAUGAAACAUAUUCAGUGGAUACCAGGAUAUGAGUUCCAAGACGUGAAAUCUGCAGGGUUAAAUCUUAAGCCACAACCUCAAGGUGGCAAAUUUGUAGAGUUGAAAUAUUCAACACAGUUAAGAGAUGCAAAGUCAUCUGCAUUGCAUCUGGGGCCAAAAAUUCAAGGUACAGCAUAUAUGAAGUUUAACCUCGGGCCACAGUUGAAGAGGGUGAAAACUCCUGAGUUGUCUCCAGGACCACAGAUGCAAGAAGGAAAAGUUUUGGCAUCAACCUCAGAGCCACAGUUUCAAGGUAUGAAAAUUGUGGAGUUAAACCAAAAGCCACAGUUUGGAAGUAUGAAAACUGUUCAGUGGAUGCCUGCACCAAUGUUUCAAGGUGUGAAAUCUCUGCUAAAUCUUGAGUUGCAACCUCAGUGUGUCAAACCAACAGAGUUGAUACAGUUGAGAGAUAUGAAGUCAUCUGUAUUGACCCCAGGGCCAAAGCUUCAAGAUAUACAAUCUUUGACAUCACUCCAAGAGUCUCAGGCUCAAGGUCUCAAUGUGAAACCCUGUCUACAGUUUAGCAGAAUGAAAUCAUGUGACUUGACUUCCAAGUCAAAGCUCUGUGAUAUAAAAUCUAUGAUGUUCAAACAUAGGCUUAACUUGCAAGAUGGCGAAUCUCCUUCAUUGACCCUAGGACCAUGGCAUCAAGAAGUGAAACCAUUACAGUCAGCCCCAGGAACACAGCUUCAAGGUGUGAAGUCUCCACUGCUUACACAAGAGCCACAGUUUCCUGAGGUGAAAUCUGAGGUAUUAAGCCAAGGGUCACAAUUACAAAGUGAUAAAACUAUAGAGUUGAACUCCCCCCUACACUUGAAAAGUAUGAAGUCAUCUGAGUUGACUCUUCAGCCAAAGCUUCAGGGCGUGAAAUCUGAGGAUUUCAACACUGGGCCACAGUGGCAAGGUCUAAAAUCUUCUAAGCUACCGUUUGAGACAAAGUCCCAAGACAAGACAGUUACUGAGCUAAUCCCUGGCUCACAGUUGCAAGGUACAAUGUUUUCUAAAUUGACUGUGGGGACAAAGACUCAAGGUAUCAAAUAUACAGAUUUUGACCCUGGGUCAUUGUUACAAGGUGUAUACUCUUCUGGGUGGACCUCAAAGGCCAAGCUUCAAGAUGUAAAACAUAAAGAAUUUAGCCCCUGUCCCCAGCUGCAAGUUCUAAAAUCUUCUGAGCUGAUCCCGGCAUCAAAACUUCAAAAUGUGAAAUUGGUGUUCAACUCUGAGUCACAAUUUCAAGGAGAGAAAUCUUCUCAAUUAAUCUCAGACUCAAAUUUACAAGAUGUGGAAUCUGUAAAGUCCAAAUCUGGGCCAGCAUCGCAAGGUGUGAAAUCUGAGUUGACACUGGGGACAAAGCUUCAAAAAGUGAAAUCAGUGGAAUUCAAGUCAGGUCCACAGUUGCAAGAUAUAAAAUCUUCUAAGUGGAUCACGGGUAUAAAGCUUCAAGGUGUAGAAUCUAUGAAUUUCAGGUCUGGAUCAAACUUGCAGGGUGUGAAAUUGUCUGAAGUUAUCCCAAGGGAGAAGCUUCAAGGUGUGAAGUCUGUAGACCUGAAACCUAGUCCAAAGUUACAAGGUGCAAAAUCUGAUUUGACUCUGAGGAGGAAGAUUCCAGUUGUGAGAUCAGUAGACUCUGGCCAACACUUAAAAGAUAUGAAAUGUUCUGAACUGAUUAUGGGUAUAAAGCUUCAAGAUGUAAAAUCUAAAGGGUUAAAUUCUAGACCACACUUUCAAGGUAUGAUGAAAUCUGAAGCGGUCUUAGGGACAAUGCUUCAGGAAGCGCAAUCAAUGUUCAACUCUGAACCACAGAUUCAAAGUAAAAAAUGUUCUGAAUUGAUUCAAGGGACAAAGCUUCAAGAUGAAAAAUCCUUCGAGUUCAAUCGUGGACUGAAGUUACAAUGUGGGAAAUCUGAUUUAUCCCAGAAGAGGGAACUUCAAGGUGUGAAAUCACUGGAGUUCAACCCUCAACCACAGAGACAGGGUGAGAAAUCUGAUUUGAGGCUAGGGUGGAGGCUGCAAGAUUUGAAAUCUGUUGUUCCACAUCUGCAAGGUGUGACAUCCUCAGAGUUAACACCAAAGACAAAGCUUCAAAGUGGAGAAUCUAUAGAAUUCAUCACCAGGCCAAUGUGGCAAGAUAUGAAACCUUUUGAAUUGACUCUUGGUACAAAGGUACAAGAGGUGAAAUCUUUGGGGUUCAACUCAGCGCCACAGUUACAAGAUAGAAAAUUAUCUAUGUUGACAUCAAAGGCACACCUUCAAGGUGUGAAAUCUAUGGAAUUCAACCCUGUGGCAGAGUUGCAAGGUGCAAAAGCUUCUGGGUCUAUAAAGCUUCAAUUGAUAAACUCUACAGAAGUCAGUCCUAGCCUAGAAUUUCAGGUUGCAAAAUCCUGUAAGUUGGCCUUGGAAUCAAAGAUUCACAGUGGGAUAUCGUCUAAGAGCAAUGCUAGAAAGCAAAAGCAAGAUGAGAAAUCGUGUAAGCUGAACCCAUGGGAAGAGCUUCAAAAUGUAAAAGUCAUGGUGUUCAGUCCUAGGACACAUCCACAACAUAUAAAAUCUUCAGAAUCAUGCAAGAGGACAAAGCUUAAAAAUGUGAAAUCUUUUGAAUUCAAUCCUGACCAACAGCUACAAGAUAUGAAAUCUUCUGAUUUGAGUCUGGGAACAAGUCACCAAGGUAUUCAAUCUUUAGAGUUCAAUCCUGGACCACAGUUGCAAGAGGUAAAAUCUGAGUUGAGCACAGAAACUAAGCUUUCAGAUGAGAAAUUGCUGGAAUUCAACCAUGAGCCUAAAUUACAAGGUGGGAGAUGCUCUAAACUGAAGCCAGGGCCACAACUUCAAUGUGUGAAUUAUACACCAUUCAACACUGGGUCACAAGUGCAUGAUAAAAAAUCUUCAGAGUUGAUUCCCAGUAUGGAGCUUCAAGGUAGAAAAUCUAAGGUGCUCUGCGUUGGGCCAGAUUUGCAAGGUGUGAAUUCUUCUGCAUUCAUUUCAGAACCAAAACUUCAGUGUGUAAAUCCAACUGGAUGCAAGCCUGGGUCACAUGUGCAAGGUACAAGCUCUUCUGAAUUAACUUCAGUUUCAAAAUUUCAAGGUAUGGAGUCUUCUAAGUUAAAUUCAGGGACAGAGCUUCAAAGUGAGCCAUCUAUGGUGUUCAACCCUGGACCACAUUGCCAAGGUCUGAAAGGAGCAAAAUCAUCGGACCUGACUUCAGGGAAAAAAUGUCAACAUAUGGGAUCUGAGGAGAGACUAAGCACAAAGAAUCAGUGUGAGACAUCUAUGGUGUUCAACCCUGGACCACACUGUCAAGGUUUGAAACCUGAAUUGAGUCCAGAGUCAAAGUUUCUAAGUGUAACACCCACAGAAUGCAACCCUGGGCCACAGAUGCAGUGUGCAAAUUCUGAGUUGAAUCCAGAGCCAAAAUCACAAUGUUUAAAUUCUAUGGGUUGCAAAUGUGGGCCACCUUUGCAAGGUAUAAAAUCCCUUGAGUUGACUUCAGGGGAAAAAUGUCAAAAUAUGGGGUCUGAAGUGAAACCAUGUACAGGGAAUCAAUGUGAGACAUCCAUGGUGUUCAAUCCUGGACCACACUGCCAAGGUCGGAAAUCUGAAUUGAAUCCAGAGUUUCUAGGUGUAUCACCCACAGAAUGCAACCCUGGGCCAUGGAUGCAGUGUGCAAAGUCUUCUAAGUUGAAUCCAGAGCCAAAAUCACAAUGUUUAAAUUCUAUGGGUUGCAAACGUGGGGCAUCUUUGCAAGGUACAGAAUCCCUUGAGUCAACUUCAGGGAAAAAAUGUCAAAAUAUGGGAUCUGAAGUGAAGUCAUGUACAGGGAAUCAAUGUGAGACAUCUAUGGUGUUCAACCCUGGGCCACAUUGCCAAGGUCUGAAAUCUGAAUCGAUUUCAGGGUCAAAGUUUCUAAGUGUAACAACCACAGAAUGCAACCGUGGCCCACAGAUACAGUGUGAAAAUUCUUCUGAGCUGAAUCCAGAGCCAAAAUUACAAUGUGUAGAUUCUAUGAAGUGCAAAUGUGGGCCACCCUUGCAAGGUAUAAAAUCUCCUGAGUUAACUUCAGGGACAAAAUGUAAAGGUAGGAAAUCUUCUGAUUUUAAUCCAGGGCCAGAACUUCAAGGUAUAAAAUCUGUUAUGUUCAACCCUGUGCAGGAUUUACAAGACAUAAAAUGUGAAUUGACUCCAGGGACAAAGUCUCAAGGUAGAACUUCAACAAAGUUCAACUCUGGCCCACAGCAGCAAGGUGUAAAUUCUACUGGGUUGAAUUCAGGGAUAGAACUUCAAUACUUAAGUUCUGUAAAGUCUAAUCCAGGGCCACAGAUGCAUGGUAUGAAACCCUCUGAAAUGAACCCUGGGCCAGAAUCUCAUGGUACAAAAUCUAUGUUGUUCAACCUGGAAUCACACUUGCAAGAAGCAAAAUCUCCUGAGUUAACUUCAGGGACAAAGUUUCCAGAAGUCCAAUUUUUGGUCAAUCAUUCUGGGUCAGAGCAACAAGUUGUGCAGUCUGUGUUCACUUUGGGCCCUCAGUUAAAUGUUAUGAAACCUAUGUUAUUUUUACCAGAGCAACUGUUUGAAGAUAUAAAAUCUAUGAAGAUGAACAAAGAGCCACUGCUUUGUGGUACCAAUUCUACAAAACUGAUUUCAGACUCUGAGCUGCAGAAUUUGAAAUGGAACGUGUUUGCUCUAGAGCCAUGUUUUCAAAAAGUGAAAUCUAUGGAAUUAAAUUCAGGGCCACAUCCUCAAGGUAUGAAUUGUGGGGAGUUGCCCUCACACCUCAGGCAGCAUAGUAUAAGAUCUGUGGUGUUUGCCCCAGAGCCAUGUUUUCAAGAUGGGAAACCUCUGGAGUUGAAACCAGAGACACAACCUCAAGAUGUGAAUUCUAAUAAACUGAUUCCUUGCUUCAGGCAGAAAUCUGUAGUGUCUGUAUCACUGCCAUGUUCUCAAGAUGUGAAAUCUAUGAAGUCAAACCUACUGCCCCAAUCUCAAAGUAUGAAUUUUUUAGGAUCAUCAUCAUGUCUCAGGUCACAAUGUGUUAAAUCUGAGAUCUCUGCACCAGAGCCAUGUCUUCAAAAUAUGAAAUCUGUAGAGUUGACACCAGGGUCUCAAGAACAAGGCAUGAAUUGCCAGGGGCUGACUUCAGGAUUGCAAGGUGUCAAAUCAGGAAUCUCGGCACCAGAGUCAACUAAGAACUUCAUACCAGGACCAAUGUUGACUAGUGUCAAAUUUUCAAAUUUAUCUCCAGAAUCACAGCAACAAGGUGUGAAACAUUUGGAGUUUACUCCAGAACCAAAGUUGCAAAGCACAAGGCAUGCAAAAUCAUCUGCAGUGUCUCUGCAACAAGCUAUAAAACCUGUGGAGUUAGCAUCAGAGUCACUGUUUCAAAGACCAAAAUCUGAGGAUCUAACUCCAAGAACAAGCUCUCAAAUGAUAGGCUCCUCUGAAAUCAUCCCUAGGCCAGGGCAUCACUUAAUAGAACAUGAAGAGAUGAUUCCAAAGCCAAUGCAUCGAGUCCCUAAAUCUGUUAGUUUGACUUCAAUACCAAUUUAUCAAGUUACAGAUUCUUCAAAAAUGGCACAAAGUUUGGCACAUCAAGACACAGAAACUGUAGAGAAAUCUGUGAAGUUGAUCCAAAAGCCAAAAGGAAAAGCCAUGAAAGCUUCAGGAAUGCCUCUGAAACUAGAUCUUCAAGUACCAGAAUUUGUUGAUCUGACUCCAGUGCUAAGGAAUCAAGAUUCAAAAUCCUUAGAAUCAACACCAAAGAAAAGCCACCGAAUCCUGGAAACUCUGGAGUUGCUCUCUCAGUCAGGGUCCCAAGUUAAGGAGUUACAUACAGGGCAGCUGCAGCAAGUUGUGGAAUCUGAAGGGAUGACUUCAGGACCCAAGGAUCACAUUACAGAAACUAUGGGGUUGACCUUCAAGACAAAGCUGAAAGGGGAGGAAUUUCUAGGAAGGAGUCCAAAACCAGUAAGUAAAACCACUGAUGCAGACAGAUAUUCAAGGCCCUACCCUCAAGCCCGGGAAUCUGUGGAGGUGAUCUCCACGCAAAAACUGCCAAGAGGAGAGUCUAUAGCAUUGAUUACAAAGGCAUUUCAAGAUGUCCCAGAAUCUUCAGAGAUGACAGAAGGGAUACGAUAUCAAGUUCCUGGGUCUAUAGGUUUGACCUCUAAGCGAUUCCUAAAGGCAAAGCAAACAGGUCAAGUUGCAGGAUACGCAGAAUCUGCAGAGGUCACCACUGAGACAUGGCAACAAGGGGAGAGAAAAAUGAAGCUUACACAGUCACAGAAUCAAAGUACAAAAUAUUCAGAAACAGCCCCAGGACUACUGGGUCAAAUUACAGAAUUCAUGAGGAUUAGUCCAAAGCCACUAGAACAAGUCACAAACUCUACAAAGACACAGCUUCAAGUUGCUCAAGCAAUAGGGGUAAAGCCAGUAGCUCCCAUCAGAGUUGCUACACCUGUGAAAGUGACUCCUGGGCCACCAUAUCAAGUUGUGAAGUCUGUAACAUUAACAUCAUGGCCAAACUCUCAAAUGGUAGACUGUGCUGAGUUGACUUCAAAACCACAAGAUGUGAGACUUUCGGAGUUUACCUCAGGCUUAAGGUUGCAAAAUGCAAAAUUUAAGAAAUUAAGCACAGAACCAAAGUACCAAACUUUGAAAAGAAUGGAUUUUACAGGGUUUCAAAUUGUAAAGACUAUGGGGCCACCACUUCAAAUUGUAAAAUCUGAGGAAUUAGCACCAGGGCCAAUUCCCCAGAUUGCAGAACCAAUAAGAGUGGGGCUUAAGGCAACAAAUUACUUGGAUUUAUUCCCAAGGCUACAUCUUCAAGAACCAGUAGAAUCUGUAGAAUUAACUCCAAGGCCAAAUACUGAAGUGAAAUCUGCAGAAUUAACCACACAGCCAACAUCUACACUUGAGGCACCUACAGUGUUAAAUCAUAAACAAGGGCUUCAGGCUGUGAAAUCUACAGGGAUAAAAACAGGGCCUCCUCAAGUCAUGGAAUCUGAGGAUUUGAAUUUAAGUGAGGUGUGUCAGAAUAAGGACUCUGAGGAGGGAUCAUCAGAAGAAGAGUUACAAAUAGGGAAUUAUUUCUCUAGGUUUGUAAACAACUCUUCAGACUCACUUACCUCAAGUUCUGUCAGAACAUCUGAAUUAGAUCUUUGGGAUUCUGAGAUGCCACAAGCAUCAAAUGUGUUGGAUAUAAAAAACCUUGUGACAGAUAUUUUGCAACCUGAGGAGUCUUUUAUAGACCUUGAUAUGAUACAAUCUUCAACUUUUUCCUUAUCCCUUCAUAACCAACCCCCUGCUGAGACAGCUAUUACUGUAAAAAACUCAAAUUCUGAGAUCCCAGGAGUGGAUGUCAUACCUAAUGAAAGGACUAAGAGGAAACAUGUGGAGGAGUCAGAGAGCUCACUCCAGAGACUCUCACAACAUUCACCACAAGACUGGAGAUCACCACCUAAGUUUUUCCAGGCAGAGUCAGGGGCUCAAAGAGCCCGUUCCUGGCCUGUCCUGGGCAGGCAACAGAAUGUCUGGGAGAGUCGCUCCUCGAGGCCACGACUACCUAGAAAAUAUCUCUCCAAUAUGCUAAUGAUGGGGAAUGUCUUGGGGACCACUAUGGAAAGGAAACUUUCUUCUCAAACAUCUUUAACAGAAAGAGCCACUGAAGAUACCUGUCAAUCUAUUCAGAAUUUAUUUGGGGUUCCAGCUGAAUUGAUGACAUGUUCUGAGAGACUGCUUGAGAAGGGUCAAGGUACUAUCUCUCAGCCUUCAGUGGUCAAAAACUACAUUCAGAGACAUACUUCAUGCCAUGGUCAUGAGAAGAAAACACCUUUAAGGAUAUGGACACGUAGUUCCAUGCCCUCCAUAAUACAGCACUACUCUGGGAGUAGAAAGAGAGAAAAGAAAAAGUCAAAACCCUGCGAUAUAUCCCAGGAAGUCAUUCAGUACAUGCCUGUUUCAUGCACAGGGAGUCAGCCUCCUGCCCCAGCAAAGUCAGAGUCUUCCCUCAACAUAUUUUUUGCCAGGAGAGAUUCUGUUCCAAUGGAAGAGACUGAGAACUCACAGAGUGAUUCACAGACAAGGAUUUUUGAGUCCCAACACUCCCUCAGGCCAAGUUAUCUUCCCCAGGCCAAGACUGACUUCUCAGAACAGUUCCAGCUGCUACAAGAUUUGCAACUAAAAAUAGCAGCAAAACUGUUGAGGAGUCAAAUACCCCCCAAUGUACCUCCACCUUUAGCUUCAGGUCUGGUCCUAAAAUAUCCUAUCUGCCUACAGUGUGGCCGAUGUUCAGGAUUUAAUUGCUGUCAUAAAUUACAGGCUGCUUUUGGGCCUCACCUUCUUAUUUAUCCACAGCUUCACCUUGUAAGCACUCCUGAAGGCCAUGGAGAGAUUAGGUUACAUCUUGGCUUUAGGUUGCGAACUGGUAAAAGACCCCAGCUCCCAAAGUAUCACAGAAGAGACAGACCAGUCACACCAAGGAGCCUUAGAUCAACAUCAUUAAGGAAAGCCAAAGGUUAUACACGAGCUUCCAAGAGUCCUACUUCUACAAUAAAUUUCCAGUCUGGGUCGUCCCAGGCUCCUGCUCCUAUAGAAGUCCAUAUCAGGCAAAGGCAAUAUGACAGCUCUAGCCUAAUAGAAAAGACAGAAAUUAGAGAGCCUGGACACUAUGAGUUCACUCAAGUUCACUCUCUAUCAGAGAGUGACUCUGAAAGCUAUCAGGAUGAAAAAUGGGCUAAAGUGAGAACCAAAAAGACCUAUGAUUCAAAAUAUCCAAUGAAAAGAAUCCCCAAGGAAGUUAGAUCACAAAAUACAAAGUUCUAUACAAAUGGUAGAGCUAUAAUACAGAGUUCCUCUAGGGAAUUACCAAACCAGUUAAGAAGGAAGAGGAGUGGAGCAUCUCAGACAAUGACUGCCUCUUUAAAAAGACAACCUAAGAAAUCCUCCCAACCAAAAUUUAUUCAACUGCUUUUUCAGGGCCUAAAGCAGGCAAUUCAAACAGCACACAGAAUUAUGGCUUUGGCUGGGCAGAAGCCUGAGGACACAACAAGGUCAGACUAUUUCUGGUCAAGCAAAACCUACCUUCCAAAACAAAAAGCCAGAGACUACUGCUCAACAAAAGACAGCAAAAGACACAGGAUGCCAACUCUCAAGCUAAGGCAUUCAAACUCAGUCACCAAGCAGGAAAGCACACAGUGGGAAGAAACAGACCAAUUCAGACCAGCUCAACAACCAAAAAGGGAUAGCUCUUUCCAACUCAGACCUAAGCAAUUACCCAAGCCCACAGUUUUCCAAAGAAUUACCACUCUCAAAAACAUCUCAACCAGCCAGUGUUUGGGUCCUGUUCAAAAUGAGAGUAGUAGCAGAGCUAAGAAAAACUUUAACAGAAAUGAAAUCUCUACCCAGGAGUCCAAGAACUUCAAACCAGGAAUCAGAGUUCAUGCUGGAGGGAGACUCUUACAACCUGGUUCUCUUAUGAAGAGGACUUCACACAGUCACCUUAAAGGGAAACCCACACACAAGGAACGAAACCACCAGAGCUUCGGCUUCAGUAGGGAAAGAACCCCAUGUUACUCUUCUGGAAGAAGCCAAUACAGUCCCUCUGAGAGGAGCCAUAGAAGUGCCUCUGAGAGAAGCCACCGCAGCGCCUCUGAAAGGAGCCACCGCAGUGCCUCUGGGAGAAGCCGUCGAAGUGCCUCUGAGAGAAGCCAUCGAAGUGCCUCUGAGAGAAGCCAUCACAGUGCCUCUGAGAGAAGCCAUCGAAGCGCCUCUGAGAGGAGCCAUCGCAGCGCCUCAGAGAGGAGCCAUCGCAGCGCCUCUGAGAGGAGCCAUCGCAGCGCCUCUGAGAGGAGUCAUCCAAACCCUUCUCAGAGGAGCCAUCACAGUCUCUCUGAGAGGAGCUAUCGAGGUCCCUCUGAGAGGAGAUGUCGCAGUCCCUCUGAGAGGAGAUGUCGCAGUCCCUCUGAGAGGAGCAAUCGCAGUCUCUUUGAGAAAAUUCGUCGCAGUUCCUCUGAGAGGAGAGGACACAGUGCUUCUGAGAGAAGACAGCACAAGCCCUCUGAGGGGAGCAGACAAAGUCCCUCUGAGAGGAGCCACAACAAUCCCCUCAAGGAGAGACUCAAACACAGCUCCCCUAGGCAGAGGCCCAGGCAUGGUUUGAGUAAAGAUUUCAAGAGUAACUCUAACACGUCUCCUAGAGACCACACCAAAAAUCACCAAAGGAGGGCAAGUUUGGAGGCCUGACGCUAGUAGAUGGAAGAGACCCGCCCCGUUAUUCAUUGCCUAGCUCAAGUCUCCCCUGAGCGGCUCUGGCUUCUUUCCUACUCGGCCAAGGCCUCCACUUCCUAAGCCCUCAGCAAUGAAAGAGCUUCUUCGUCUCUCUACCUGGGGGGAGGGAGAGCGGGAAUGGGUCUGUCACUUCCCUAAGAUAAAUAAAGGGGCAAUAAUUGACCUUCCUGUGCAUCAAGAAAGACCACUCUUCUCGCGGGGUGGAGCCUGGGGGCGCCGGAAGGGCAGGAGAGGUUGUGCAAACCGAGGGAACGAAAGGGAGGGGCUCUCAGGCCAAAGUUGACGCUCCAAACCCCACCCCCAGUUUCCCGGGUCCCACCGCGCA